AUGAAGGAAUGCCAAGUUGAUCACUCAGUGUUCAACUAUGACUCAGAAGCUGGGAAGAUCUUAUUAGUGGUCUAUGUGGAUGAUAUUGUCAUUACUAGCAAUGAUAAAUUGGGGAUUGACAAACUAAAGGUAUUUCUGCAAAAUCAUUUUCAAAYAAAAGACCUUGGAACAUUAAAGUAUUUCUUGGGAAUAGAAGUUGCCAAGUUGAAACAAGGUGUACAUCUGUGCCAAAGAAAAUAUGUUUUUGAUCUAUUGGAAGAAGCAAGACUGUUAGGGGUAAAACCGGCUGAGACACCUAUGGAACCAAAUGUUAACUUGAGCAGUGAUACAGGAGAAGUAUUUGAAGAUCCCGGAAGGUAUAGAUGA